CUCAAUUUCAAGUUAAAAUCAUAUCAGAGUUAUACCUCUGAGGAUAAACAUUAUGUUUUCCAUCCUAUUUACCCUGGUACAAGUUGGACUAUGCUUUGGCGAGGUAAUCAAUCCUUAUGCUAACCCUAUAAUGGCCUGGGUUUACUCUGAUGUUAGAUGCCAGCCCUAUUACCUGGAACAUACUGAUAGAUACUUCUGCACAGAUGAAGGGGUUUUUACAUGUGUUAAUGGAUGGACUGGAGAUAACUGUGAUGAACCCGUAUGUCUAAAUGGAUGUAAUUAUGGAAAAUGUGUUGCCCCAGACAUUUGUAGGUGUGAUAUGGGAUACCAGGGGGGCACUUGUCAAUCUUGUAUCAAGCAUCCAGGUUGUAUCCAUGGAACAUGUAACACGGCUUUUGAAUGUAACUGUGAACCCGGUUGGGAGGGACGAGACUGCAACAUUCCCCAAUGCUCUGAAGGAUGCCAUGCUGAUUAUGGAUUCUGUGAUACUCCUGAUACAUGCUUAUGCAAGCAUGGCAGUGGAAUGCAAGGACCUAAUUGUACUGAGUGUGUGACUAAAGAAGGAUGUAAACAUGGCACUUGUGAUCUUCCAGGAGAAUGUAACUGUGAUGCAACUUUGUGGAGUGGACAUCUGUGUGAUGUGCCAGUUUGCAAACCAGGAUGCAGUAUGGAACAUGGAUAUUGCAAGGAACCAGAGACAUGCAUUUGUAAGGCUGGAUGGCAGGGACCCAACUGCAAUGAAUGUGCUCCUUACCCUGAAUGCAACACCAAUAACACCAUUCCUGCAGGAGCUUGUAAAAAGCCUUGGGAGUGCUUGUGCAAAGAGGAGUUUGCAGGCCCCACCUGUAAUGUCCCAGCUUCAACACCUGUGGCAAUCAAAAUAGAUGCCAAUGGUUCAGUGUCAGCUGUAAACUGAGUGAUUUUUAUCAGCUUAGUUUGUAAGGAUAUAUCUUAUUUGUAAUUCACUUAAUUUUAAGCAUCAAUAAAAUUCUGCAUAUCAAAA